GACAUCGAAUUUUUAUCGAAAUUUCAAUUGGUAUUUGUUUAUUUCAUAAUCUGAACACAAUUUACCUUAUAAUAACAGUUUAUCAUUGUUAUUGCAAUUUUAAUAAAGAAUAAACAAAACCUUACGAGUCUUUUUGCAGCCUACUAACUCCUAAUAGUACGUACUGUAUAACAUAUAGCAUAAGGUUGUUAUUUGUUUUCCAACGAGACUCAUUUAAACGCUACGGCCAAGGCAACAACUACAGUAUUGUUAGAGAUGGCAGCGGAGAAUGAAUAUCCUUUUGAACUCAAAGAUGUACCUCCAGAAGAACAGGGUGAGGUGCAUAAGUGUUUAACUGGUGUCAAACCUGGCAUACGAGUAGGCCCAAGCGGGUACUACUUACCAAAUGGAUUCAAAGUAAAUUGUAGCAAAAUUUACAAUAUGGACGUGAGACCAAGUGAUGUAUUCGUCGUGACCUUCCCGAAAUCAGGCACAACUUGGACACAGGAACUCGUUUGGUUAAUAGGGAAUGACUUAGAUUACGAAACAGCGGCGAAGUUAUCGCUCAAAGAAAGAUUUCCAUUUAUUGAGUUCAAUUUCUUCUUCUAUAACCCAAACGCAGAAGAUCAGGAAAAGAAAGAAGUCGAUAUGUUUCCAUUGCACGAAAAAUUUGUAGACACAUUGCCAAAUAUAGAUGCAAUAUUCAAUGCACCAUCACCUCGCUUCAUUAAGUCUCACCUGCCGUUUUCACUAUUGCCACCGACUUUGCUGGACACUGCGAAAGUGGUGUACGUAGCGCGAGACCCAAGAGAUGCCGCUGUCUCGUACUAUCACCACUGCAAGAUGAUGAAAAUGUAUGGUUUGCAAGGGGAUUUCAAAGAAUUUUGGAAUUUAUUUAUUUCAAAUAGAGUUGAUUGGUCUCCGUAUGAUGCACACAUAAAAGAAGCCUGGGAGAAAAGACACCACCCUAACAUGUUGUUUUUAUUCUACGAAGAACUCUAUAAGGAUCUGCCAGCUGCGGUGCGUCGAGUGUCUCAGUUCCUCAACAAAACGGUGACUGAGGAGCAAAUAUUGAAACUUUGUGAUCACUUGCACAUCGAUAACUUCAGAAACAAUAAGUCAGUAAAUUUAGACGAGCUGGAAAAAAUUGGUUAUAUAAAAAACGGCCACUUUAUUAGAAAAGGCAAGGCGGGCGGAUGGCGGUCACACUUCGACGAGGAGAUGACGCAACAAGCGGAACGCUGGAUGAAGGAGAAAUUAGGAGACGUUGGCAUACAGUUCCCUAAUGUUAACUAAUAAUUUUUGUGUAAACUGCGUACCUGCAAUAUAUCUGAUGACUUGUAACUUUGAAAAUAUAUUAUGGCUUUUCUCACCAGUAAUUCUAUUCACAUA